AUUACUGCAUUAAUACUUUUGUGUUUCGUUAAAAUUUAUAAAGUUAUACCUUAGGUCCCAUCAAGUGUAUUUGUGCGUUGUUGGACCUUUAAGAAGCUGGGUGCAUUGGAAUUGAGUGACGUCACUGAAUUGGAGACGUUGUCCUGCAGGGAGAGGCACAUCCUGUUCUGUAAACAUCAUGCACCACUUUUGAUAAUUUGUUAUGAUUACGUUCGCCUUUACUUUCUGUGAAUGUACAGCCUUUGCUUUUGCAUGCCAACGAGCCUUUUUCUGCCGUAAGUUGAGGAUGUUUUUUUUCGUACUUGAAGUAUGUUGCAUUUAGUGUUUAAAGUUGCCCGGGUCGUACAGAGGUGAACUAAGAAUGGACACACCUCGUGCACCCGGAGCGACCACGCAUAACAACAUCACGCAAGAGAAGACUGGGACGAUGACGACACUGCGUGAUCCAAAAGGCAUCCUCCCGGUAUGUGACUCCGGCUGCAGUAGCAGCAGCAGCCUCGUCGCGCUUCCCGACCUGCAGCCUGCUGCUCACGUGACCCAAGUAAAGUUGAGGAAAAACGCGGUGACUGACGACUAUAAGAUCACCUCGCAUGUGCUCGGCCAGGGAAUCAACGGCAAAGUGCUGGAAUGCUUCUGCAAGAAAACGGGACUCAAGUGCGCCCUCAAGAUUUUGUACGACACACCUAAAGCCCGCCGUGAGGUGGCGCUGCACGCAAGGGUUUCUGCUGGUCCGCAUGUGGUGCGCAUCCUCAGCCUUUAUGAGAACAUGCACAAGGGGAAGAAGUGUCUCCUCAUCGUCAUGGAGUGCAUGGAGGGAGGCGAGUUGUUCUGUCGCAUUCAAGCCAGAGGGGACCAGGCCUUCACUGAGCGAGAGGCAUCGGAGAUCAUGCGAGACAUCGGCUUGGCCAUCGAGUACAUCCACCACAUGAACAUCGCUCACAGGGAUGUGAAGCCUGAAAACCUGCUGUACAGCACCAAAGAGGCGAAUGCAUCACUCAAGCUGACCGACUUCGGCUUUGCAAAGGAGACCACUGUUCACGAUUCGCUCCAAACUCCCUGUUAUACGCCGUAUUAUGUCGCCCCUGAAGUCCUCGGCCCAGAGAAAUAUGACAAGUCAUGUGACAUGUGGUCUCUGGGAGUCAUCAUGUACAUUCUGCUGUGUGGAUUCCCUCCGUUUUACUCCAACACAGGCCAGGCCAUCUCACCUGGAAUGAAGCAGCGGAUUAGACUGGGACAAUAUAAAUUCCCCAACCCAGAGUGGGCGGAUGUUUCAGAGGAAGCCAAGCAGCUCAUCAUCCAGCUGCUGAAGACCGAACCCAACGAAAGGAUGACCAUCGGUCAGUUUAUGAGCCACCCCUGGAUCAGCCAAUCCAUGGCGGUCCCGCUCACACCUCUCCACACCACUCGCGUUCUGACAGAGGACAGGGAGCUGUGGGACGACGUCAAAGAGGAAAUGACCAGUGCUCUGGCCACCAUGCGUGUCGAUUAUGAACAAGUGAGGAUUAAAGACCUGGACACGUCCAACAACCCUCUGCUCAUUAAAAGACGCAAGAGACCGCUGCCUGUAGAGAAUGACGCUCAUUUGAAUGGCAAUACACAAACUCCUUUUUCUGACCAGGGGAAUUGAUAAUAACCAUACAACUCUAUAAUUACUAUAGAAUGUAUUCCCCCCCCAAAAUUGACAUCAUUUUGUAGUUGGUCAAUAUAUUACUUUCCCUGAACCCAAAA